UCAAAACCCAAAAAUUUCUUUUUAGCGGCAGCAUGGACGCAAGUUAACAAGUCGAUUACCCGCCGGUUUGUAGAUAAUUAAUUGCAUUUUACGAGUUAAGUUAAGGUUACAAACAAUAAAAUACAAUGGGUUCUUACUUGUCGGAGCCAGUAACUAAUAAAGUAUCUACAGAUGAGAGUAACGAUAAAUUAAGUUGUGGCGCUAGUUCUAUGCAAGGCUGGCGUGUAACUCAAGAGNNNGCUCACAAUCACAUCUUGGACUUUGACACUAACACAUCUUUAUUUGCGGUGUACGAUGGACAUGGGGGUCACGAGGUGGCCCAAUAUUGUUCUCAAAAGUUACCUCAAUUUAUAAAAGACACACAAGCUUAUAAAGAUGGUGAUAUCAUGCAAGCUUUGAUUCAAGGAUUUUUGGAAUUUGAUGCAACUAUUCCUACAAAAGAUGUGGUAGCAGUUCUGAAGGAAAUAGCCGGUGAAAAGGAGGGUGAAGAAGAAAGUGACGAAGAAGAAAACGUAGAUAAUUUGUAUGAAGAAGCUACGAUGCCCAUUGAACAGGUUAUAGAAAAAUACACCAACCUAGUAAAUCCAGUUCUGAAAAGUCUUAAAAAAGAUGGCGAUAAAUUUCCAAAAUCUCCGAACUUAAAGAGCAAACAAGAAGAAGCGGGAAGUUCAUCUGGGUCAUCAACUAUUUCAAAUAAAGCAUCUAAGGAUGAUUCCGGAAACUCUGAAGAUGCCGCUGGGUCCAGCAUUGAGGUGAAAUCUACCAAAGAAUCUUCAUCAAGUCCAGAAAAGAACGGGUCAAUUCCAGAGAUUAAGGUUACUUCAUCAGAAAGUCCAGAAUCAAAGGACGCACCUCAGGAAUCUCAGGUGACACAGAACGGAGAGGCAUCGGAAGACGUGAAAACGGAUGUUACCAGUUCAACUCCACAAGAAAAUGGGGAUGUCAGUAAUAAAGGUAAAGGAAAAGCCCCGAUACCGAAAUCUCCCCAAAAACCUGCUGUGACUAGGCCUAAAAGAAAUGCUAAACAGUUAUAUAAGAAGCUUUUGGACUUCAAACCGGAGGAAGAAAGCGAUAGUGAAGAUGAAGAUGAUACCACAUUUGAAGGUCCAAAUGAGGAUUCGUCAGAGGAUGAAGACGGCGUUAACGUUUCAGUAGAAGGAGAAGCUUCUGAUGAAGAGGGUGAAGAAUCGGGCGAAGAAGAAGAAAGUGAGGAAGAUGAUGAAACAGAUGAAAUAGAUAAUGCAGAAGAUUUGGAAUUCGCAAGAAAUAUGAAAGAUGAGCCAGGAUCUGAUAGUGGAUGUACUGCAGUAGUAGCACUCUUGCAAGGAAAUGAAUUGUAUGUUGCUAACGCAGGUGAUUCCAGAUGUAUUGUGUGUAGAGACGGUAAGGCGAUAGACAUGAGCUUCGACCAUAAACCUGAAGAUGAACCAGAACGGGAACGGAUAGUGAAAGCUGGUGGAAAAGUUACAGCUGAUGGUAGAGUUAAUGGUGGUCUUAAUCUCUCACGAGCGAUAGGAGAUCACGCAUAUAAACAAAAUAAAGAAUUAUCUGAUAAGGAACAGAUGAUUACAGCGUUACCAGAUGUCAAAACGUUGACUAUUAAUCCCGUCGAUGAUGAAUUUUUAGUUUUGGCUUGCGACGGAAUUUGGAAUUUCAUGUCUAGUCAGGAAGUUGUUGAUUUCAUUAGGCCAAGAAUAUUGGAAUCCAAAUCCAAGCUCUCAACUAUAUGUGAAGAGAUGUUCGAUCAUUGUUUGGCGCCCCAUACUUUAGGAGAUGGCACGGGUUGUGACAAUAUGACAGCGAUAAUAGUCCAAUUUAAAACGAACAUUUUAAAAAGAUCUGCCUCCCCCGUUCCUAGUGAUAUAGUAAAAAAGAUAAAGACUGAAGAAACGGUAAAAUCUGAAUCUGGUGCGACACAGAACGAAGAUGUGAGUAAAACAGAAACCGGUGUGGAAAAGACUGAAGAUGAUUCACUUAAAAUGGAAUCAGGGAUGGUCGCGUGAAAAAAAGUUUUUUUAUUGUUACUGUAACCAUUUAACGAAGAUUGUCCCAUUGAAAAUUUGCUCUGGUUUGAUUAACUUGGAUCAUACUUAUUAUCCAGUACCUUAGUAUUGUUAAUAUUGGACAUUUUAAUACCCAUUACAGCUACUUGUUAUAAGAAACAUCUGCUCAAUUUUUUCAACUUCGGUGAGAAGAGAACUGGUUAUUGAUGGUACUCUGUUGAAAAAUACCACCCAAUAUUCAACGGUGGGUCUUUACCAUAGUAGACUUCUUGAAAUGUUACCUUUGGUUAGAAGAUUCAUAUUGUUAAAAGCUGUUCUCAAUUAAAUUAAUAUUGCUGUAACGAAAUUGGCUAAUAAUAUUACAUUCAUAUUUUGUACUCAUCUUGAGAAAAAAACACAGGCAGAACCUUUAAGACAGUCAAUGCAAAAUGAAAAAUUAAAUUACAUACAUUAGAUACCUACUUCUUCGCUGUUUUAGAAGACUCUUUUACAACAAUUUUAAGGAACACAGUCGAAUAUCAUUAAUAUUGGCGUUACAUAUGCAAAAAUGUUAACAAAGUAAUGCUCUUUUUUCUGAAGUGUUUCUAAGUGAGUUGUUUCUGAAAGCCUCAAAAAAAGGAUAGAUAUAACAUCUUUUUGAUUUUUUAACAUCAUAAUUGCAUUUGUUUUGAAAUGAUCUGAUGUUUGUUGACAGUUUACAAACAUGUGCGAUGUUAUUAAAAAAAUUGUAAUUGCUUUAGAUACAAACGGACAUUAUACUGUAUACUUACAAAUAAAUUCAAGUUGUCCAUGAAAACAUUGAUAAUCUCAAAUGGAACAAUCUAUACGAAUUGGUGACAGUAUGUUUAUACUUAUGUUAUUUCCAAUUAGUUUUGUAAAAAGAUGUUUUUAGUUAAGCAUUUUUUCUUGGUAAAUUUAAUACCAUCGGGUACAUAGAUUGCUUGUUAGUAUUUUGAAAUUAUUGCAGGGUUUAUAAUUUUGUUAUGAUACUUCGUAAUGCUAAAAAUGGUCGAGAUUUCGUUGGUUUCAGUUUCAGUUCAUAAAAGAGUUAAAGUGUAACUGUAUAUAAAAUACAUCAUUCUUAUUUUACAUUCCAUAGUUUUAUAGAAAUGUAUGAACUUAUUAAUAUGAUCCUAUUCUCUUUCUUUUGUGUUCUUUAAAAUCAACGGUAACUUAGUGAUUGUAAAACUGAAAUUAAACACAGUAAAAGUAAUAAUUAGUGGGAAGAAAAGGCAAAAAUAGAUCAAUUUUGCUUCAAAUUCCAGAUGCUUUAGUUUCUGUUAUAUUUUAGAGGAAUAGUACCGUGUAGCUAAGGAACAUAAAAACUUAAGGUAAAGAAUGUAUUAUCAAAAAACCCGGCUGCAAAAGCCUACACUCUUUGGCAAUUUAUUUUGUUAGGGCGCCUGAUUUUUUAGUCUCUAGCUACUUUAUUUCAUCUAGGAUUUUUCCUUUAACUUCUAUUGGGUUCAACCACUUCUCUCUAUACUCACGCUAUUGUCUUAAUCUUCCUAUACUGAAGAUCUUAUUAAUAUUUAUCUUAAUUUUAGUAAGUACGUCCUUUAUUUAGCACUAAAUUCUUGCCCACAGUUAUGUUUAUUCCAAUAGCAAAUGCCGUUUACCGUAAAAAGAAUCCAAUAGUCUUAAAUAUCAUUAGGAAUAGGAAAACGUUAGCAAAGAGAUGAUUACUAGUCACUUUCAACUACUUUCUAUACCUUCAUUUCAUUAAUAUGAACUAAAAAUGCCGAAUACAAAUAUAUUUAAUCAGUCAAUGUAUACUGUUUUGUGGCUUUGACUUUUAAAUGUUGUUACAACUAUCAUCCCUCUUGGCUGUUAGGGGUAUCGGCACGUCCCAAUUAAUGCCAAAAAAUCAACAGACCUCAAGGGGGAUUAUACAGUUGAGUCCAGAGUUCUUUACCCGUGCGUCAUCUUAAAGUAUACGAAAUAAGUCAGAAAUUUACUCCACGCACAGCAAGUCACAGAAAGUGGCUACUGCUCCGAUCACGAGUUAUAUUAUAAAAUUUGACGUUAUCAAAUAAAUAGAAUGUUAAAUGUAAGUUUUGCUUUAAAAUUUUGGUAAAAAAUUACAGGUACAUUUGAAGGAGCUUAAUAAAUACUUUUAAUAUCAUUAGUGGUUAAUAAAUAAAUAAACAAUUUAUAAAAAAUAUAAUCAAUAUUUUUUUGUCCUUUUAUUCACUUUGGCGGAAACUUAAACACAACCAUUCCUUAACGGUGUAAAUGAGAUUAGCUUUGUAUGUUGUAAAAAUGAAUGGCAAAAUAAAAUACACUUACCAUAAAAUUUUAAACUCCAAUAUAAAAUUAGUUGUAAAAAAAACUGUUAUUGUAAUAUAAAAAAAUUUCGACAAAAAUAGCAAAAAUUUCAACAGACUGACAGCCACAAGAGUAAACAAACCAGAAACGUCACAAAUUGUACUUAAAAUCUGAAAAUAUCUCCAAGCGUCUGUUUUGCAUCUAUAUCUUUUCGAUGUACUGAGUCUAGAGCGUCCAUAAAAAUAACAUGUGUUUUUACUUAAUAACAGGCGGUAGCUGGUUUGUCUUUAGUUUCCUACGUGGAAGAGAAUUAUGCUAGAUAAAAAGUAUGUGUUUUAUCUCGCCAGGUAUUAAUGACGCACGGGUAAAGAAUCGUGGACCCAACUGUAGUUGUAAGCAUAUUUAAAAGUUAAAACCAUAAAAACACUUUAUCUUAACCUGCGCUAUACUAAUUUUUCAAGGUGCCUUGCCCAAAUUAUUAUCGGUAAUAUUAAAAAUAAAUUUGUCGAUAAUUUCAACAAUAGUAGUAAUUUUUCAUUUAUAAUAUGAUCUACAUAUCGACUAUGUUAGUAUUUUACAAAUAUAUGACCUUUGCAAUAAUUUUUCUGUUAUUUAUUAUUAAUUUGGUAUUAUUUCCACACAGAUAUGCAAAUAGAUAUUACAAUGAGUUUUGGUAAGGAAAAAAUGUAUUAUUUUAUUUUAAUAUUUUUAGAUGACUGAAAUUGCUAUUUGAACAAUAAUUACCCCUUUUUUCUUUUGUCUUUGUACAUGCCAUGGUAGAGGUGCCUUCAGUUGAAAAUGCCCGUGGCUAUUUUCAUUUUGUAACAUAAUUGUAUUUUUAUGUAGUUUGUAUUAAAAUUAAAAUUUGUGAGUUUUUUA